CAGGAGGGCCAUAAUCGAAAACAUUUUUCGAUUGAUGUAGAAGACAUGGACGAUGUCGAGGCAACGGUUUCAAGGAAAUUUAGAAAUGGACAUCGUCUCGCCGAGGAAUAUCUGAAGAAGAGAGAUUCAUCUUCUGAUGACGAGGAAUUAAGAGCUUUUGCCAAACAAUCCAAUAACCAAUACCGAGUCACUUUCCAAGACGAUGACGAAGAGUUUGAAGGUGGACACAUGUUCAACAAGGAGACAAAGAUGACAAAUGACAGCAGUAAGGAUUUCAAGUAUAACAUUCCAAGCCUUUCUAUGGAAACCAGGGUUUUGCACAUAGAGAGGAGAGGUGUGUUUGCUGAAGACUAUUGCUUCGCAAAUGUCCGUAACAGCUUCAGCCAGGCUGUGAGAGAAGUGCUGGAAAAGGCCAGUGAAUGGACCUGUCGAAGCGACGCCAUGCACAACUACAGACGUCUGCGUCAACGCAACCUCAAGUUGGAAAAUCAGGCUGUUGGCAUCUUGGACGAUCAGGACUCGCACAAGAUCGUGAUGGACGUGUUUGACUUCAUGAAGGGCGACGUGACAGUGCAGUUGGUGAAGGGCAAGGAGCUGCUGGUGGAGGGUCAAGCAGAGAGGCAGGACGGAGGCAGAGUGUCCCGAGUGAGCUUCGUGCGUCGCUUCGCCUUGCCUGAGCUCGUCGAGCGAGACGCCAUCAGCUGCGUGUUGUCCUCGGACGGAAUCCUGACGAUCACCUGCAGGAAGAGAGCAAGCGGCUACAGCGCAAGGGGAUUUUGCAGCGAGAGGAAGCCCCACGUGGACACAGCUGGCGGGUGGGAGGACAAGGAUGCGAAGGACUCCCUCGCGGAUUGGGAAGGAGCCAGUUCUCGGGCCUUCAGCACCGGCUCUCGCUCCCGCUACCAUCGCUCCUAUGCGAAGCAAUAUUAGUAAUUUCAGAUUUCUACUUAAAUUUAAAAAUGCAUAUUUUCAAACAAUACAGUUUUUAUACUCAAUAGUUGAAUAUUUUUGUGAUGUUAACUAUAUACAGCCUUUAUAUGUUGUUUCUAUAAAUGUUACGUCUAUCAGUUUAGAUACAUUAUGCUUAUAGAGAAGCACUGUUUUGUAUCACAUUCCUUCUUGUAAAUGCUUUAAUAUAUGGAAAAAAUAUAUAUUUCUUAUUGUUUAAUCGCUCUCUUUUGUAAAGACAAUCUCUUUCAAGAAAAGCUUUAUCUUAACACUGUAAAAAUAAGUUUCGUAUUAAAGGAAAGAGCAUAAGUAAU